GAGAGACCAGCCUCCCCUGUACCCAGCUGUGUGUCCAUGAAGAGUGACUGGUCUAUGGGUCUACCUCUAAAGUUUAGAGAGGGAGACUUUUCUACUGAACAAAUAAACCAACAGGAGAGAUCAGAGUCAGAGAUUCUCAGUGGUCAGUCUUCCCAGAGUCAUCAAACAGACCUGGCCUCCAUAUUCAGUUUGCUUGAAGAGAAAAUUCUGACAUUUGUGAAGAACGAGCUGAAGAUGUUCAAGAGGAUUCUUAGUCCAGAACUCCCAGAAGGCUUUGAGAGUCAGAAGCAGGAUAAGGAAGUGGUGGACCCUGAAGAUGAGCAGCAGGAGAGCAGUGCCAGAGAGGGGGCUCUGAAGAUCACACUGCACAUCCUGAGGAAAAUGAACCAGAAGGAGCUUGCUGACACACUGGAGAAAAAUGAGCUUGCUGUGAUUUGCCAACGUGAACUCAAAUCUAAUCUAAAGAAGAAGUUUCAAUGUGUAUUUGAGGGGAUCGCUAAACAAGGAAACCCAACACUUCUCAAUAAGAUCUACACAGAGCUCUACAUCACAGAGGGUGGAACAGGAGAGGUCAAUAAUGAACAUGAGCUGAGACAGAUUGAGACAACAACCAGGAAACAAGCAAGACCAGAGACUGCAAUCAAAUGUAACGACAUCUUCAAACCCUUAACUGGACAAGACAAACCUAUCAGAACUGUGCUGACAAAGGGAGUCGCUGGCAUUGGAAAAACAGUCUCUGUGCAGAAGUUCAUUCUGGACUGGGCUGAAGGAAAAGCAAAUCAGGAUGUCCAAUUUGUAUUUUCAUUCCCUUUUCGGGAGCUAAAUUUGAUGAAAGAGGACAAACACACUUUCAUUGAACUUCUUAAUCACUUCUCAAUGGAAACCAAACAAUCAGGAAUCUCCAACUACAACAAGUACAAAGUUCUGUUCAUCUUUGAUGGUCUGGAUGAGUGCCGACUGCCCCUAGACAUCCAGAAGAACAAGAUCUGUUGGGACGUCACAGAGUCAACCUCAGUGGAUGUUCUGCUGACAAAUCUCAUCAAGGGAAAUCUGCUUCCCUCUGCUCUCCUCUGGAUAACUACCCGACCUGCAGCAGCCAAUAAGAUCCCUUCAGGGUGUGUUGACCAGGUGACAGAGGUACGAGGGUUCAAUGACCCACAGAAGGAGGAGUACUUCAGGAAGAGAUUCAGUGAUGAGGACCUGUCCAGCAGAAUCAUCUCACACAUAAAGACAUCAAGGAGCCUCCACAUCAUGUGCCACAUUCCAGUCUUCUGUUGGAUUUCUGCAACAGUCCUUGAACACAUGCUGAAACAUAAGAGAGAAGCGAUGCCCAAGACUCUGACUGAGAUGUACACACACCUUGUGGUGUUUCAUACCAAACAGAAGAAUGAAAAGUAUCUUCGGAAUGAAGAGACAGGUCCACACUGGAAUAAAGAGAGCAUUCUGUCACUGGGAAAACUGGCUUUUCAACAGCUUGUGAAUGGCAAUCUGAUUUUCUAUGAAGAAGACCUGAAAGAGGCUGGCAUUGAUGUCAAUGAAGCCUCAGUGUAUUCAGGAUUGUGCACACAGCUCUUUAAAGAGGAAUGUGGGCUGUACCAGGACAAGGUGUACUGCUUUGUUCAUCUGAGCAUUCAGGAGUUUCUGGCUGCUGUAUAUGUGUUCCUCUCAUUCAUCAACAACAAUGAGAAUCUCAUGGACAAACUGCAAACAACGUCCAGGAACUUUUCUGUGAGGAUCAGACAAAGGCGUAAAGUUACUUUCUACAAGAGUGCUGUGGAUAAAGCCUUACAAAGUGAGACAGGAAACCUGGACCUUUUCCUCCGCUUCCUUCUGGGCCUCUCACUGGAGUCCAAUCAGAAGUACUUACAAGGUCUGCUGACAAAGACAAGAAGCAGCUCACAGAGCCAUGAAGAAACAGUCAAGUACAUCAAGGAGAAGAUCAGGGAGAAUCCCUCUCCAGAGAGGAGCAUCAAUCUGUUCCACUGUCUGAAUGAACUGAAUGACCAUUCUCUAGUCGAGGAGAUCCAAAGAUACCUGAGAUCAGGAAGUCUCUCAAAACCCAACAUCUCACCUGCACAGUGGUCAGCUCUGGUCUUUGUGUUGCUGACUUCAGAAAAGGAGCUGGAUGUGUUUGACCUGAAGAAAUACUCCAGAUCAGAGGAAGGUCUUCUGAGGCUGCUGCCAGUGGUCAAAGCCUCCAGAGCUGUUCUGCUGUCAGGCUGUGGAGUCACAGAGGAAGGCUGUGCUUCUCUGGUCUCAGCUCUGGAGUCAAACCCCUCACACCUGAGAGAGCUGGAUCUGAGUAACAAUGACCUGAAGGAUUCAGGAGUGAAGCUGCUCUCUGCUGGACUGGGGAAUCCACAUUGUAAACUGGAGACUCUGAGGCUGUCAGACUGUGGAGUCACAGAGGAAGGCUGUGCUUCUCUGGUCUCAGCGCUGAGGUCAAACCCAACACAUUAUUUGUGCACAGGUUACAGUGUAAGCAGGGAAAGUAAGCGUAUCAUUUCAAUACAACCUGUCUGUCAUUGUAUUUCUCUGUGUUUCAGACUCGCUGUCUGUAAACUCACAGACACAUCCUGUAAAGUGUUGGACUCAGUUCUCAGUUCAAACCCCUCACACCUGAGAGAGCUGGAUCUGAGUAACAAUGACCUGAAGUAUUCAGGAGUGAAGCUGCUCUCUGCUGGACUGGGGAAUCCCCACUGUAAACUGGAGACUCUGAGGCUGUCAGGCUGUCUAGUCACAGAGGAAGGCUGUGCUUCUCUGGUCUCAGCUCUGGAGUCAAACCCCUCACACCUGAGAGAGCUGGAUCUGAGUAGCAAUGGCCUGAAGGAUUCAGGAGUGAAGCUGCUCUCUGCUGGACUGGGGAAUCCCCACUGUAAACUGGAGACUCUGAGGCUGUCAGGCUGUGGAGUCACAGAGGAAGGCUGUGUUUCUCUGGACUCAGCUCUGAGGUCAAACCCCUCACACCUGAGAGAGCUGGACCUGAGUAACAAUGGCUUGAAGGAUUCAGGAGUGAAGCUGCUCUCUGCUGGACUGGGGAAUCCCCACUGUAAACUGGACACUCUGAGGCUGUCAGGCUGUGGAGUCACAGAGGAAGGCUGUGUUUCUCUGGACUCAGCUCUGAGGUCAAACCCCUCACACCUGAGAGAGUUGGAUCUGAGUAACAAUGACCUGAAGGAUUCAGGAGUGGAGCUGCUCUCUGCUGGACUGGGGAAUCCCCACUGUAAACUGGAGACUCUGAGGCUGUCAGGCUGUCUAGUCACAGAGGAAGGCUGUGCUUCUCUGGUCUCAGCUCUGAGGUCAAACCCCUCACACCUGAGAGAGCUGGACCUGAGCUACAAUCACCCAGGAGACUCAGGAGUCAGACUGCUCUCUGCUGGACUGGAGGAUCCUCACUGCAGACUGGAGAAACUCAAUGUGGAACAUGGUGGAGAGUACACAAUGAAGCCUGGGCCUAGAAAAUAUGUCUGUGAUCUCACACUGGACCUAAACACAGUAAACAGACUCCUCUCUCUGUCUGAGGAGAACAGAAAGGUGACAUGGAGGAGAGAGAAGCAGUCGUAUCCUGAUCACCCAGAGAGAUUUGAGGACUGUGAACAGGUGCUGUGUAGAGAGGGUCUGACUGGGCGCUGUUACUGGGAGGUAGAGUGGAGUGGGAGAGAGGCUGUUAUAGGAGUGACAUAUAAAGGAAUCAACAGGAGAGGAAGGAGUGAGGACUGUUGUCUUGGAUACAAUGACAAGUCCUGGAGUCUGUACUGCUCUGACAACCGUUACAGAGCCUGGCACAAUAAUAAUCUCACCCCCAUAGACGUCCUCUCCUCCAGCCCCCACAGAGUAGGAGUUUAUCUGGACUGGCCAGCCGGCACUCUGUCCUUCUAUAGAGCCUCUUCUGACACACUGACCCACCUGAACACAUUCACCUCCACAUUCAUUGAGCCCCUCUAUCCAGGGUUUAGGCUUUGGGGUGAUGGCGACUCAGUGUCACUCUGUCAGUGAUACACACACACACACACACACUGGAGACACACAUACACACUGGACACACACUGGACACACACACACACACACACACUGGACAACCACACACAUUGGACAAAUAACCACACACAUUGGAUGGACACACACACGCUGGACACACACACACGCUGGACACACACACACACACUGGACACACACACACUGGACACACACAAACAGACUGGACACACACAAACACACUGGACAAACACACACUGGACACACACAAACACACUGGACAAACACACACUCACACUGGACAAACACUGUAACACACACACAAACACUGGACACACACACACACUGGACGAACACACACACACUGGACGCACACACACACUGGACGCACUCUCCCACACAUGCGCGUCUUCCUAUAAUUGUGAGGACCUUGACCCAAUAACACCUUUAAAAUACCAAUGUCAUCAUUUGUUAUACAACAAAUUAUGCAAUAAUAUAUUGACAAAUGCUCCAUAGUUGUACACAAGGAUGUAUAAGUAUACAAGGAUAUAUAGUACUUUUCAUAAUAAAACAUACCUGAAAUAAGAAAAGGCAUGUUAAUUGUGAAAACCGUUUAGUUAUUGAUUUUAUAUUGCCUCUGUCAGUUGCAGGUUGAUGUUAAAGUAGGAAUCUCGGAGCAUCAUAGCACCAUUAGGUGUAAAAACCCAGUUGCGGCUCACUUUUUGGAAUCGAUUUAGUCUCUGCAUUAUAUCGGCAUCAAACAUGUCACUUAGGAGAGAGGGGGUGACCUUGACAAUUUAUUGUUAAAACGAGAAGCUGCCUGGAUCUUUAAUUUAAAGACCCUUUGCUCCCUUCGGUCUCAACGUAGAAUUUGAUCUGAUGCCAUUUUUGUGAUUAUUGUGAUUUUGUUAUUCAUUGUAAUGUUAGCCUAUGUAGCUGCAUUGUAUCUAUGAAUAAAUCGGAGAGUGGAGUUAGAUGAACAAGAAUUUAAGCUUUCAACCAAUAUCAGACACUGAUAUGUACCUAAAUGUUUAAUAUCCUUAUUAUUUAGUAUGAUUUAAUUGAACCCUUCAGUCUCACCGGAAGUUGUCCCGCUUGCGGGAUGCAUAGCCCUAAAAGGAUUUCUUAGCUCCUUCUUGAACUGCACGGUUGGUUAAGGGCGUGUAAGUAAAGCAUUUCACGGUAAAGUUUACACUUGUUGUAUUCGGCGCAAAGUUUGAUUUGAUUUGAUCAGCGGUGUUUGUCAUGAUUGAUAUCUGUUAAAACGUUGGUUAAUAAAUUAUUGUGUCUGA